GUCCUUUGAGAAAAUUGUGGGACUUUUCACUAAAUCAUACAAAAUUUACCUUUUUUCUCCUGGGAGCCAAAGAUAUUUUUAGAGAAGAAUUAAUCUUUCGUUUCUCCAGUCGAACAUUUUCUAGCAAUCAGAGCCAUGCAAAUUGAGCUCUCCACCUGCUUCUUUCUGUGCCUUUUGCCUUUCAGCUUUGGUGCCAUCAGAAGAUACUACCUGGGUGCGGUGGAACUGUCCUGGGACUAUAUGCAAAGUGAACUGCUCAGUGAGCUGCACGUGGACACAAGGUUUUCUCCUAGAGUGCCAAGAUCUUUUCCAUUCAACACUUCAGCCAUGUACAAAAAGACUGUGUUUGUAGAGUUCAUGGAUCAGCAUUUCAACAUUGCCAAGCCCAGGCCACCAUGGAUGGGUCUGCUGGGUCCUACCAUUCAGGCUGAGGUUUAUGACACGGUGGUCAUUACACUUAAGAAUAUGGCUUCUCAUCCUGUUAGUCUUCAUGCUAUCGGCGUAUCCUACUGGAAGUCUUCUGAAGGUGCUGAAUAUGAGGAUAAAACCAGCCAAAGGGAGAAGGAAGAUGAUAAAGUCAUUCCUGGUAAAAGUCAUACCUACGUCUGGCAGGUCCUGAAAGAAAAUGGUCCAACGGCCUCUGACCCACCAUGUCUCACCUACUCAUAUCUUUCUCAUGUGGACCUGGUGAAAGACGUGAACUCAGGCCUCAUUGGAGCCCUGCUGGUUUGUAGAGAAGGGAGUCUGACCAAAGAAAGGACACAGACCUUGCACGAAUUUGUACUACUUUUUGCUGUGUUUGAUGAAGGGAAAAGUUGGCACUCAGGAAAAAAUGAGUCCUUGACACAGGCAGUGGAUCCUGCAUCUGCAAUGCACACAAUCAAUGGCUAUAUAAACAGGUCUCUGCCAGGUCUGAUUGGAUGUCAUAAGAAAUCAGUCUAUUGGCAUGUGAUUGGGAUGGGCACCACCCCUGAAGUGCACUCAGUUUUCCUUGAAGGGCACACAUUUCUUGUGAGGAACCAUCGCCAGGCUUCUUUGGAGAUCUCACCAAUAACACUCCUUACUGCUCAGACACUCCUGAUGGACCUUGGCCAGUUUCUACUGUUUUGUCAUAUCUCUUCCCACCAACAUGAUGGUAUGGAAGCUUAUGUCACAGUAGAUAGCUGCCCAGAAGAACCCCGCAAAUGGAUGAAGAGUAAUGAAGAAGAAGAUUAUGAUUUUUAUGACUCUGACAUGGAUGUGGUCAGAUUUGAUGGUGACAGCGCUCCUCCCUUUAUCCAAAUCCGCUCAGUUGCGAAGAAGCAUCCUAAAACCUGGGUCCACUACAUUGCUGCUGAAGAGGACGACUGGGACUAUGCUCCCUCAGUCCUUACCUCCAAUGACAGAAGUUAUAAAAGUCUGUAUUUGAACAAUGGUCCUCAGCGGAUUGGUAGGAAGUACAAAAAAGUCCGAUUUAUAGCUUACACAGAUGAAACAUUUAAGACUCGUGAAGCUAUUCAGUAUGAAUCAGGAAUCCUGGGACCUUUACUUUAUGGAGAAGUUGGAGACACACUUUUGAUUAUAUUUAAGAAUAAAGCAAGCCGACCAUAUAACAUCUACCCUCAUGGAAUCACUGAUGUCAGUCCUUUGCACCCAGGGAGAUUUCCAAAAGGUGUGAAACAUUUGAAAGAUAUGCCCAUUCUGCCAGGAGAGAUAUUCAAAUAUAAAUGGACAGUGACUGUAGAAGAUGGGCCAACUAAAUCAGAUCCUCGGUGCCUGACCCGAUAUUACUCAAGCUUCGUUAAUCUAGAGAGAGAUCUAGCUUCAGGACUCAUUGGCCCUCUCCUCAUCUGCUACAAAGAAUCUGUAGAUCAAAGAGGAAACCAGAUGAUGUCAGACAAGAGAAAUGUCAUCCUGUUUUCUGUGUUUGAUGAGAAUCAAAGCUGGUACCUCACAGAGAAUAUUCAGCGCUUCCUCCCCAAUGCAGAUGGAGUGCAGCCCCAGGAUCCUGAGUUCCAAGUCUCCAACAUCAUGCACAGCAUCAAUGGCUAUGUUUUUGAUAGCUUGCAACUGUCGGUUUGUUUGCAUGAGGUGGCAUACUGGUAUAUUCUAAGUGUUGGAGCACAGACUGACUUCCUGUCCGUCUUUUUCUCUGGAUAUACCUUCAAACACAAAAUGGUCUAUGAAGACACACUUACCCUAUUCCCCUUCUCAGGAGAAACUGUCUUCAUGUCAAUGGAAAACCCAGGUCUGUGGGUUCUGGGGUGCCACAACUCAGACUUUCGGAACAGAGGCAUGACAGCCUUACUGAAGGUUUAUAGUUGUGACAGGAAUACUGGUGAUUAUUAUGAGGACACAUAUGAAGAUAUUCCAACCUUCUUGCUGAAUGAAAACAAUGUCAUUGAACCCAGAAGCUUCUCCCAGAAUUCAAGGCACCCUAGCACUAGGCAAAUGCAAUUCAAAGCCACCACAACUCCAGAAAAUGAUGUAGAGAAGACUGACCCUCAGUCUGGAGAGAGAAUGCAGCUGCUUAAAGAACAAAAUGUCUCCUCUAGUGAUUUGCUGGUGCUCUUGGGACAGAAUCCUACUCCACAUGGAUUAUCCUUAUCUGAUCUCCAAGAAGCCAGAAAUAAGGCUAAUGAUCAUUUACCUAGAGCAAUAGAAAGAAACAAGCGCCCGUCUGAAGUGGCACAUCUCACACCAGAGCUCCAUCACAGUGGGAAAAGAGUAUCUACGCCUGAGCCAGAGCUGCCGUUAAGAUUGAAUGAGAAUUUGGGGACAACUAUAACAACAGUAGAGUUGAAGAAACUUGAUUUUAAAAUUUCUAGUUCAUCGAACAACCUAAUGACUCCACCAACAAUUCCAUCAGACAAGUUGUCAGCAGGUACUGAAAAGACAGGUUCCUUAGGACCCCCAAAUAUGCCAGUUAAUUUUAGUAGUCAAUUAGGUGCCAAUGUAUUUGGCAAAAAUUCAUCUCACUUUAUUGGGUCUGGUGUACCUUUGGGCUUGAGUAAAGAAGAUAAUGAUUCCAAGUCAUUAGAAGCAGUUUUAACAAAUAGUCAAGAAAGUUCACUGGGAGAAAAUGUAUUAUCAGUGGAGAGUGAUAGGUUAUUUAAAGAGGAAAGAGUUCGUGGACCUGCUUCAUUGACCAAAGAUGAUGCUUUAUUUCAAGUUAAUAUCUCUUUAGUAAAGACAAACAAGGCACCAGUUAACUCAACAACUAAUACAAAGACUCACAUUGAUGACCCAGCAUUAUUAAUUGAUAAUAGUACAUCAGUCUUGCAAGAUAUUAUGUUAGAAAGUAAUACUGAGUUUCAAGAAGUAACUUCCUUAAUUCAUGAUGAAAUGUUUAUGGACAAAAAUACUACAGCUUUGGGACUAAAUCAUGUGUCAAAUAAAACUAAUUCGUCAAAAAAUAUGGAAAUGAUCCACCAAAACAAAGAAGGCUCUGUGCCACUAGAUGCAGAAUAUCCAGAUACAUCGUUCUUCAAGACUCUGUUCUUGCCAGAUUCAACAAAUUGGAUAAAAAGGACCCAUGGCAAGAACUCCUUAAGUUCUGGGCAAAGGCCCAAUCCAAAGCAAUUAACAUCUUCGGGAUCAGAAAAAUCUGUGAAAGAUCAGAAUUUCUUGUCAGAGAAGAAUAAGGUGGUAGUAGGAGAGGAUGAAUUUAGCAAGGGCACAGGUCUUAAAGCGAUGAUUUUUCCAAAUAGCAAGAACGUAUUUCUUACUAACUUGGCUAAUGUCCAAGAAAAUGAUACACAGAAUCAAGAAAAAAAGUCUCAGGAAGAGAUAGAAAGGAAAGAAAAAUUAAUCCAAGAGAAUGUAGUUUUGCCUCAGGUGUAUACAGUGACUGGAACUAAGAAUUUUCUGAAGAACCUUUUUUCACUAAGCACUAAGCAAAAUGUAGAAGGUUUAGAUGAGGAGACAUAUUCUCCAGUACUUCAAGACACCAGGUCAUUGAAUGGCUCAGCAAAAAGAGCAGGGAUUCACAUGGCCCAUUUCUCAAAAAGAAGGGAGGAAGCAAACUUGGAAGACUUGGGAAAUCAAACAAAGAAAACGCUAGAUAAAUAUCCAAGCACCACAAAGAUGUCUCCUAUUCCAAGUCAGCAGAAGGCUAUACCUCAACGUGAUAAGCGGGAUUUGAAACAAUUCAGACUCCCACUGGAAGAAAUAAAGCUUGAAAGGGGGGUAACUUUGAAUGACACCUCAACUCAGUGGUCCAAAAACAUGAAAUAUUUGACCCAGGGCACCGUCACACAGAUAGAGUACAACAGGAAGGAGAAAAGGGCCAUUAUUCAGUCAUUCUUAUCAGGUUGUUCUAUGAGGAGUCAUGACAUUCAAACAAAUGGCUCUGCAUUACCCAUUGCACAGGUAUCAGUAUUCCCAUCAAUCAGACCUACAGAUGUGACCAAGAUUCCAUCCCAAGACAACUCUUCUCAUCCUCCAGCAUCCGCCUGUAGUUAUAGCUUUGUGGAAAGGAGUUCUGGGGUCCAAGAAAGCAGUCAUUUCUUACAAGGAGCCAAGAGAAAUAACCUUUCUUUAGCCUUCCUAACCUUGGAAGUAAUUGGAGGUCAAAGAAAUAUCAGCGCCCUAGGGAAACGGGCCACAAACUUACUCAUGUACAAGAAACUUGAGAACACUGUUCUCUUGAAACCAGGAUUGCCUGAAGCAUCUGGCAAAGUUGUUCAUCAGGAAGACUUUUUCCAUACAAAAACUAGCAAUGGUUCUCCUGCCCACCUGGAUCUCAGGGAAGAGAUAUUCCUUCAGAAAACACAGGGACUUGUUAAACUGAAUAAAGUAAAUAGACCUGGAAAAGUGCCCUUUCUGAAAUGGGCAACAGAAAGCUCUGAAAAUACUCCCCCCAAGCUGCUGGGUCCCCUUGCUUGGGAUAACCAAUAUGCUACCCUGAUACCAAGAGAAGAGAAAUCCCUAGAGAAGUCACAAAAACACAGAGCUUUUAAGACAAAAGACAUCAUUUUGCCCCUGGACCCUUGUGAAAACAAUCAUUCAAUAGCAGCAAUAAAUGAAGUACAAGAUAAGACCCAAAGAGAAGCCACCUGGGUAAAGCAAGGAGGGACUGGAAGGUUGUGGUCUCAAAAUCCAACAGUCUUGAAACGCCAUCAAAGGGAAAUAACCCUUACUACUUUUCAGCCAGAGGAAGACAAAAUUGACUAUGAUGAUACUUUCUCACUUGAUACGAAGAGAGAAGAUUUUGACAUUUAUGAUGAGGGUGAAAAUCAGGACCCCCGCAGCUUUCAAAAGAGAACGCGACACUAUUUUAUUGCUGCAGUGGAGCGGCUCUGGGAUUAUGGGAUGAAUAGAUCCCCCCAUGCACUAAGAAACAGAGCUGAGAAUGGAGGUGUCCCUCAGUUCAAAAAGGUGGUAUUUGAGGAAUAUGCUGAUGGCUCCUUUACUCAGCCCUUAUACCGCGGAGAACUAAAUGAACAUUUGGGACUCUUGGGACCAUAUAUAAGAGCAGAAGUCGAAGACAACAUCAUGGUAACAUUUAAAAACCAGGCAUCUCGUCCCUACUCCUUCUAUUCUAGCCUUAUUUCUUAUGAGGAAGAUCAGAGGCAAGGAGCAGAACCUAGAAAAAAGUUUGUCGAGCCUAAUGAAACCAAAACUUACUUCUGGAAAGUGCAGCAUCAUAUGGCACCAACUACAGAUGAGUUUGACUGCAAAGCCUGGGCGUAUUUUUCUGAUGUUGAUCUGGAAAAAGAUGUGCACUCAGGCUUGAUUGGACCCCUUCUGAUCUGCCGCACAAACACUCUGAGCGCUGCCCAUGGGAGACAAGUGACAGUGCAGGAAUUUGCUCUGUUUUUCACUAUUUUUGAUGAGACCAAGAGCUGGUACUUCACUGAAAACAUGGAAAGGAACUGCAGGGCUCCCUGCAACAUCCAGAUGGAGGACCCCACUUUUAGAGAAAAGUAUCGCUUCCAUGCAAUCAAUGGCUAUGUGAUGGAUACACUACCUGGUUUAGCAAUGGCUCAGGAUCAAAAGAUCCGAUGGUAUCUGCUCAGCAUGGGCAGCAAUGAAAAUAUCCAUUCUAUUCAUUUCAGUGGACAUGUGUUCACUGUACGGAAAAAGGAGGAGUAUAAAAUGGCAGUCUACAACCUCUACCCGGGUGUUUUUGAGACAGUGGAAAUGCUACCAUCCAAAGUUGGAAUUUGGCGGAUAGAAUGUCUUAUUGGCGAGCACCUGCAAGCUGGGAUGAGCACGCUCUUCCUGGUGUACAACAGGAAAUGUCAGACUCCACUGGGAAUGGCUUCUGGACGCAUUAGAGAUUUUCAGAUUACAGCUUCAGGACAAUAUGGACAGUGGGCCCCAAAGCUGGCCAGACUUCAUUAUUCUGGAUCAAUCAAUGCCUGGAGCACCAAGGACCCCUUUUCCUGGAUCAAGGUGGAUCUGUUGACACCAAUGAUUAUUCACAGCAUCAUGACCCAGGGCGCCCGUCAGAAGUUUUCCAGCCUCUACAUCUCUCAAUUUAUCAUCAUGUAUAGCCUUGAUGGAAAGCAGUGGCGGAGUUACCGAGGGAAUUCCACUGGGACCUUAAUGGUCUUCUUUGGCAAUGUGGAUUCAUCUGGGAUAAAACACAAUGUUUUUAACCCUCCAAUUAUUGCUCGGUAUGUCCGCUUGCACCCAACGCAUUACAGCAUCCGCAGCACUCUUCGCAUGGAGUUGAUGGGCUGUGAUUUAAACAGUUGCAACAUGGCACUGGGAAUGGAGAGUAAAGCAAUAUCAGAUGCACAGAUUACUGCCUCAUCCCACUUAAGCAAUAUGUUUGCCACCUGGUCUCCUUCACAAGCCCGACUUCACCUCCAAGGGAGGACUAAUGCCUGGAGACCCCGGGCAAAUAAUCAAAAAGAGUGGCUGCAAGUGGACUUCCGGAAGACAAUGAGAGUCACAGGAAUAACCACCCAGGGGGUGAAAUCUCUGCUCACCAGCAUGUACGUGAAGGAGUUCCUCAUAUCCAGUAGUCAAGAUGGCCAUAACUGGACUCUGUUUCUUCAGAAUGGCAAAGUGAAGAUUUUUCAGGGAAAUCAAGACUCCUUCACACCCGUGGUGAACGCUCUAGACCCCCCGCUGUUUACCCGCUUCCUUCGAAUUCACCCGCAGAGCUGGGCGCACCACAUCGCCCUGAGGCUGGAGCUUCUGGGCUGCGAGGCGCAGCAGCAGUACUGAGGCCCGGUCCUUCCUUCCUGGCCCCGGGCCCUUUCCUGAUUCGGGUCCAGCAUCCCUCUGAGCCCGCCCUCCGGGUCACUUCCUGCCCCACGCUGCCCACGGUGCCAUCGUUUUUCUAUAUAUUUCAAUUCCUCAGUCCCGGCAGAU